UUACAUGCUAGAGUUGUUGUAGCACUUCAAAACUUUAAUACAAAUAUACAUUAGUUAUUUCCUAAUUCAUUAUGGGAAAAUCACAAGUGUGAUCAUAAGCUGAUACUAAUCCCAUUGUAAUGGUUCUAUUCAGGAAAUUCACUGUGAUUAAACAAGUAAAAGUUAACAUUCAUUAUGAAUAGUGGAAUUUGUUUUCGGUUAUCUGCACCAAAUUUAAAGAUCAACACCUUGGGAUUGUUGCUAUACUUUAUGGCAAAUGUGAUCUAUGUUGUAUUUUGGUUCACUAUCUUGUUUUGGAUUUUGAUUAAGGUGGAACUGCAUGUAGUUGUUGCUUACCAUGUUUUUGUCUGGUAGGCUAAAUUUUAAUUAAUUAAAUCUUAAUCAUGAAUUAUGCUUUUAUAGGUAUCAUAAAGAAAACACGAACUGUGAUGGAAUGUCUGCACCGCUUUUGCAGAGAAUGCAUUGACAAAUCAAUGCGACUUGGGAAUAAUGAGUGCCCAGCUUGCCGCACACACUGUGCAAGUCGGCGUUAUUUGAGAGAUGAUCCAAAUUAUGAUGCUUUAAUUGCUGCUUUAUAUCCAGACAUUGACAAGUAUGAGGAGGAGGAAUUGGCUUUUCAUGAGGAGGAAAGGAUACGAAACAAGCAGAUCCAAGCUUCAAUUGCUCAAAUAUUUCAACGACAAUCUGAAGCACUAGUUAGGAGACGCACAAUGGGUAAAGAAACAACUGGUCCAUUCAUGGAAAGGUCACAGCGCAAUCAUCGGACAGUCCCCUCAAGGAGGCGGCGGAACAGCCGAGGCACUGAAUUCCAAGGAUCCGAAGACAUCGAUUAUGAAAAUGAUGAUAAUGGAGGUAAGGAUUCAUCUUCUACUGAUGAACGCUCCACAGAAGUAAGGCAGCGCAGGCGCAAGAGACGGCCAGGAAUUAGGCCUUCUCAACCUUCUUCAUCAGCUUCAAAUCCAGAGGGCGGAUGCAUUGAAAAUGAUUUAGAAGCCACCAGAGAGAAUAGAGGAAUAUCUCCUGGCCUUGUUUGGAAUACAGAAAUGCUUGCCUGGGGCAGGGGUGGUACUCGAAGUCAUACACGGCAUGGUAAUGCUAGCGGUUGCAACAACAAGACUGCCAGAAGCACUCGCAUAUCCAAGCUGGUAGAAUAUCUCAGGAGCUUAGAGGAAAAAAAUGAUGAGUUGGAUGUUCACCUAAUGCUUACUUCUAUGGACAAGGAAAGUUUCACGAAUUUGAAACAGCCCUACCUUUGCUGUCAACCCAGUUUGUCAGUCAAACACCUAUGUGAAUAUAUUGCUCAGAAAAAGUCUUUGGAAGCUGAAGAAGCUGAAAUAUUUUUAGUUAAAGGGCAGCACAACCUUAUUGACAACCUGUCCUCUGUGCAUCCACCAAUAUCAGUGGAUGAGCUGCAAAUUUUGAAAGGGCAGGAAACUUUGGCAUGUCUUAGAGCCAAUUGCACUUCCAAUAGAGAUUACAUGAUUCUAGCAUAUAGGCAGAAGUAGGGGUGAGCAGUAUUUGGUUUAAACCGAAAAAACUGACCGAAUCGAACCGAUUUGAAAAUUUAGUUCGGUUUUUUAUACAUUUCGGUUCGGUUCGAUUUUUAAUUUCAGAAAUUUCG